AUGUUGGCCUGGAAGGUGUAUUACCCUCAGAUGGAAGGUGAAAUGGCCAAAAUGACAAUAUUACCGUUUGCAGCCGGGAAAAAUAGUUCAGAUCUGCAUGAAUUAAGCCAUGCUGCUGACAAUUUUAUCAACAAAGAGCUGGCGACCACGUCAAAAGAUCUCGAAGCUGACGACUCUAUACCGCUAGACAAGCUUUCCCCUGAUGUGGCACCUUCAAGUUCAAAUUGGUUAUGGAGAUUUUUCGAUUCUUCCUAUUUUAAUACCUCAUUGGCUAUCUUUUAUUUGUGGAAACGGCCGACACAUCCAUCUACUUUACAAUAUUUGGGUGAAAAGCUUCACAAUUUUCCCGAUGAAGAAGUUGAUUUCUACAUACCUCAACUAAUUAAUUUAUACAUCCAUCACGGAGACGUUGCUGAAGCCAUUCAUCCCUACAUUACAAAAAGGUGUGAGGAAAACGGGCAAGUAGCUUUGUUGUGCUGCUGGCUUCUCGAGGCCUUCGGUGGUGAGGACUUGAAAUACGAGGAGAAGCGGCACGGCGAAAAAUUGAGACAGUGGAUUCUCAACACACUCAAUCGACCGAAAGAUUCGAAGGGGUUGACGCAUUCGCGGAGUCUUAGUACAUCGUUGUUAAGCCCAGACAGUCUGCACAGAUUGAGGCCAAGAAGUGAUAUGGGACCGUUGGGAUCUUUUGGUAAUUUGAGUACAGGUCACGCUUUUGAUGAUGGAUGCACUUGCUUUAUUGAAGAACCUAAAAAACAAUUUUGUGAAUGUGAUAACCUUGGCAUACGAGGUGAGAAAGAAUUCAUCAAAACCCUCGUCCAAAUCGGAAAUACCCUAAAGGAAGUGCUGACAAAAGAAGAAAAGUCGCGGCGGCUCGUCUCCGAAUUAGCCGUAAUCAAUGGGAAUCUUCCGGCUAGGGUCUGGCUGCCACUCUAUUGGGACCAGCAUGUCAUUCUAAGAAUACCCCAGAAUAGCGGUUGUGUGUUGAACAGCAAGGAUAAGGCCCCUUAUUGCAUCUAUGUGGAAGUGCUGCGUUGCGAUUCUGCUCGAAAAGUCAGGGUGCCAGCAAAGAGGAGUGAUACAGAAGCUGAAAUCUAUCAAAAAAUGCGUGGGCCUGCUAGCAAUCCAUCUUCAACAAAUCAAACACCACCUAAUUGCCGGCCACCGUUUGACGAUAAGGGCAUCUCGUGUGAUAUCGCUUCUGAUACUUUAUCGCAGAGAUCACUUGAUAGUUGCAACUCGGAUGAAAAGAUCUCGGCUCGAGAGAUAUCCAACAGAUUGAAGAAUCUUGCAAAAAGACCAAAACGACAGAUGCGGCACACACCCGAGGAUCCGUCUGCAUUUGCAAUGUCCGAGCCGUGGGAGGAGAAAAAGGAGAGGCUUCGCCAAUCGAGCCCCUACGGUCGGAUGGCUGGAUGGGAUUUGUUGCCAGUCAUUGUGAAAUCGGGGGACGAUUUGCGGCAAGAGAUGUUGGCAUAUCAGCUAUUGCAAAUGCUGAAUGUUAUCUGGAAUGAAGAAAAAGUGCCGGUGUGGAUUCGUCCCUACAAAAUCUGCGUUCUUUCCCAAGAUGCUGGAUUAAUAGAACCGAUUGUUGAUGCAUGCUCUUUACAUCAGAUCAAACGAAACCAACAAGUCAGCAACACCGAAGAAGGAAAAAUGGAGCCUCCAUCUCUACUGGCACAUUUCCAAGAACACUUCGGCAACAAAGAUUCCGAUAACUUCGUCCGGGCUCAACAGAACUUUGUCGAAAGUUGUGCCGCGUACAGCCUGGCAUGUUAUUUCUUGCAAGUCAAGGAUCGACACAAUGGAAAUAUCCUCGUCGAUUCCGAAGGUCAUCUAAUCCAUAUCGAUUUUGGCUUUAUCCUCAGUGCCUCACCGAAGAAUCUGGGAUUUGAAUCGUCACCCUUCAAGCUUACAUCUGAAUAUACCGAUGUGAUGGGAGGGCUCUCUUCUAGCAUGUUUCUGUAUUACCGUGCCCUCAUGCUACAAGGAUUAUUAGCCGCCAGAAAACACCACGAGCGGAUAAUGAACAUUGUGGAGAUUAUGGCGCAUGCCGGUUCCCCACUUCCGUGCUUUCGAGGUGGUGAAGCUACGGUAAAAGCAAUGAGAGCUCGUUUCCACAUGAAUUGCACCGAAAAUCAGUUAAAAGCCGAAGUCGACAAAAUGAUCGAACAAAGCCGCGACGCCUUCACCACUCGCCUUUAUGAUAGUUUCCAAUAUUAUACAAACAACAUCUGG